AUGACAGAACAAACAGAAAUAAAACCCGAUGAAAAUCCUAUAGAAGAGAUAUCUAGUCAGGGAUCUUUCGAUGAGGAGUUCACAACUGGCGAGAAUUUGAAGAAAUGGGACUGGCAUAUAUUACGCACAAAAUGCAUCAGCUUGGGCAUCGAGAAACUCUUUUGGCGAUAUGUCGAGCGUUUAAUGAUUACCAAUAUAGCGCUCUAUCAGUUUACAAUUGUGACAUUACUGCUUUUUCACAUACUAUGUCUUAUAUUUGGCGCUGUGGAACACAAUUAUUCCAUUACGCUGUAUGGGGUCGGUAUGGUGCUGGUGCCGGUAGUUCUCUUCGCUAAUUUCAGACAAAUCGACAGAGGUAAGCGGAAGAGACCCUGGGCCGCAAUCUCAAGCUGGGCGGUUACUCUGAUACUGACACUCAUGGAUAUCGGUGUUGGUCUUUGGAUAUCAGACUACACCGGCAUUGUGAUUCCUUGUUACGAUCACAUCGUAGUGGUAUCGAUCUAUCUAUCUCUGCCAAUUGGCGUCAAAGUAGAGGCUCCCUUACUAGGCGCCACUGUAUCCUUAUUGUACUUUCUUGAUGUAGUUUUUAUUUAUCGGAAAGCCCGACGUUUGCAAUUUUUUCACUUAUUAGACUACGCCAUCUAUCUUUUUACACUGAACUUUAUUAUGGCAAUAUUCCCAUUUUUCCGUGAGGUUAACUUACGCAAAAAGUUACUGGGCCGCCGCCAACUCCUACAGGAACACUAUCUACUAAAGGCUGCAGUGGAAAACGAGACAGCCCUAAUACAUUGUAUUCUGCCACAGCGCAUUGCAGAUACGCUUAAAGGGGAUAUACGAAAACGCAUAAAACAGAAAGGAAUCCAACGAUAUAUGGUUCCUGCUUUUCGCACCCUAUUUGUAGAGCCCCAUUCGAAUGUCUCCAUCCUAUCGGCUGAAAUCAUGAAUUACACUUCGCUUACCACCACUAUGGAAGUUAAGGAAUUGGUUAUGUUCCUGCAUGAUCUCUUUGUCAGGUUCGAUGUGGCUGCUGAGAAGAACGAGACGCAACGCAUUCAGUUUCUGGGAGAUCGCUAUAUUUGCGUGGCCAGCAUCCCAAAACCGAACCCGGCACAUGCCAAAUGCUGUGUGGACUUGGGCCUGGAGAUGAUCAGCAUUGUAAGCGCCAUAAACGAGCGGAGACAUCUCAUUAUUGACAUGCGCAUCGGUGUAAAUUCGGGGGAAAUUUUUACUGGAGUUGUUGGCUCCGUUAAGUGGCAAUACGAUAUUUGGUCACCAGAUGUGGAUAUUACCUAUCGCUUGUCCGAAACGGGAAGGGUUGGCAAAGUACAUGUUACAGAACGCACAUUGAAGCUGCUAGAGAAUGAAUACGUUUACAGCGAAGGCACUGAGCGAGCCAGGAAUGAUCCGGUUUUCGUUCGGGAUCUCAUCAAAACAUAUUUGGUAUCGAAAAUGCGGGACUCUGUGCUAAGCAUACAAAUAGAGGAAUAUUCCAGGCGCAACAUAAGAGAGUCUCUGGCGAGCUUAAGCUCAAAUAUCGUUCCCUUAAAAUCAGACCAAGAUAUGUUCAAAGAGAUACGUCGUAAGACAAAAGAUGGCAUGAUUGAAGAAGUCGAGAACAUGGCUACGGGUCGGACACAAUUUUCACGCAUUUUUAACUUCUCGAAGAAGUCAAAGGACACCGCUGAGGACUUUCUGUUCAAGACGCAGGUUACAUCGGUUUUCAUGCUAUUUCGGAACGCAAAAGAUGAGUGGAAAUAUUGUAACCAAUCUGAUGUUCUUAUGAAAUACACAAUGUUCCUCACUUUUUUUGCUGGCAUCAUGAUAUUUUUAAAAAUUGCGGUACAGAAGUACACUACGUUGAAGCAAAUGUGGCAAUUGAUUUUACUGCUCAUCGUGUUGGCUCUUAUGUUCCUGUGCGCUUUCUUCCAGAAAUUAUGGCUUAGGUAUGGUCGGGAGACAGUCUGGCAGCAGCCCAGAUUCACCCUGACGCGCUGGAUUAUUUUAGCAUCUGAGUUAAUUGAAAACCGCCUGUUAGUUCGUAUGAUACUGUGCUGCCUAAGUUUCGCGAUUCUAUAUACAAUGGCUACAAUACAAGUGAUGGACUGUCCACAUAAGGCUUUCGAACUGGAAUUAAUUGAAGCCGAGCUAAGCGAUACAAUACCAGCACACAUUUGCUUUCGACCAUGGGCCAUCACACACAAUAUUGUAAUAGUGGUCUUGACAAUAAUACUUUUCUUUGGCGUGCCUAUGAUGUACAAGCUCGGCAUUUGUGGCCUAAUCAUUAUUUCGUACAUCUUCACCAUCAAUUUGACAUAUGACUUUGCCUAUGAACGAUCCGAAACGACAAAUUGGUUCUUUCGCGCCGAGGCUGGACACACAUGGUAUGUGGUAGCGUUCUUUCUAAUGCUCAUCAUCAAGGAGCGACACAUCACAUUUGUGAACAAGGUGGAUUACUCCUCGAGAUUACGGUAUGAGAUGGAACAGAAACGAACGGAGAAAACAAAUCGAACGAUUAAAAUACUAAUGGCCAACAUCCUGCCCCUGCAUGUGGGGGAACUGUUUUUGGAGAAGCGGCGCAAGAACGAAUUUUUCUACGAACAAAUAGAUAAGGUUGCCGUUAUGUUCGCUCAGAUUGUCAGCGUUGAUGUCGACCGCCUGGGACUGCGAGUCCUGAACGAAUUCAUUUGUUACUUUGAUGAUCUUCUAGACCAGUUCCAGAGUAGAUUCAAAAUAGAGAAGAUAAAAGUGGUCGGUUGGACUUAUAUGGCCGCUUGUGGUUUGCAGGUGGACCGCUUUUCGGACCUAUCGGUCACAACGGUUGACGAUGACGAUGACGAGGAAAACAGAAGUAGUGUGCGUUUUGAUACGAACAUCGAUAAUUCUUCAGACGAUUGGUUCGUAGAUCGAAGAUUUGUAAGGCCAAAAAAACAUCGUUUCCUUAGAGCCGACGAUGAGUGCGUUUUCAUAAUGAGCCAAUUCGCAUUAGAAUUAUUGCGAGUAACUCGGGAGCUUAGAGUGCAGAAUAUAUUCCUAGACAAUGGAAGAAACAUUCGGGGAAUGUUAAAAAUCGGAAUCUCCCACGGAACUGUCUCCGCUGGAGUGGUAGGCAUUUCGAAACCGCACUAUGAUCUGUGGGGACAUCCAGUUAACCUUGCCUCCGAAAUGAGUAACACCGGUGUCUUAGAUGCCAUCCAUGUGAGUGAGCGAACCGCAGUGGUUUUACGGCGCUAUGACAUCAGAUGUGAUUAUCGCGGACAGACAUCUUGUAAGAGUCUGGGCGAACUACCCACCUAUUUAGUCGCAGUCGAUGAAUCAUCAAAUUUUAUGCCUAACGAAGAUGAAGACCUAUAUCCUGGUCAGUUUAUGGACGACAAUGAGGAUAUGGAAAUUGUUGAGCGUUUGUCAGUCGGCUCAAGGGAUUCCCUAUUUCUGUCACCUUCAGAUUAUAUUUUGAACAUAAAGAGCAGCGAACCCGGUCAAACGGGGUCGCAUUUGGAAGAUGAUACAGAUUAUGAGGAGGAGAAGGAGUUCAUUCAAACACUCAUACCAAAAAGCGAUUCUAUUUAUUCAAUAACGAGCAAGACUUUAAAAACAUCUUCAUCUUUCGGUAAAAAAACUCGCAGCACAUUAUUUCAUCGAAAGAAGGACAAAAGAAGGUUGCAGAUGGAUACAUCCAAUAUCGUUACGCAAACAUUGCCUGAUGAAAGCAUGGAGCCAGAUGAAAACGCACACGAAGAAGAGGAGGAGCAGGAACGCGAGACAGGAUCCGAAAAAGACAAAAACCGUUUGAGUGGCGGUGCACCCAACUUUUACCUUGAAGAUAUUGAAGAUAAUGAUUCAGAUGCUUAAAUACAUAGUCUAUACUACUCGUAUAUACUGAAAAUAUCA